CAGCAACUGACAACCAACGUUCUGUGUGCGAGCAUUCUGAACAUCGAACUGUACCAUCAGUAGCAUUCAGGUGUUGGUCGUGUUCACAUGCGACUGCUCUUUUUUUCGCUUGAUUUUUCUCUUAUUGCCGUCGUCAUUUGCGCAAACGAACACCAUUGGAUCACUUCAUAAAAACGGAUCUAAUUGGGUGAAGAAAAAAGCUUUUCACAGUAAAAUCGUGUCUUUUAUUUAUUUUGUGAGAGACUAAAUAUCUGCGAGCUAAAUGUUAAUUAUCUCAGUGUGACAAACGGAUUUUUUUUUCGCGAACUAUUAAACAUUCUGAACAAUCAAAACUAAAACGAUCGUUUAAAAAGUGCGGUUUUCAACGAAUUUUGUGCCGUUUAAUUUUUUUUAAGGACUGCAUAAAUUGUAUAAUCCAACAGCAAUAUCGGGAUGAUUUGAUUUUUAUUCAAAAUUUCCAGUUUUUAAGUUAACAAGUGAACUCAUCGUCAAUAAUCAUAGAAAAUGAUCAUUGCGAAAAUAAGUUUCGUGUGAAUUUCUCGUACAAAUUUGGAUAUCGUAAAGUGAUAAGAGACGUUUUUUUCGAAAAGAUAAAAAGAAGAGAUAACAUCUUUUUUUCAAAAAAUUAAAUAUUUAACGAAACUCGGAGAGAUUAAAAGUGAUUUGUGCAAAUGCGUGAAUUCGCGAAAAACAAAGCGAUUUGAUAUAAAUCAAACGACGAUUUGAAAACAUAAUCGUUUUGCCAAAAUCAACCGCAUAAAACAAAACCACAUUGCGGCAAAGACAAAAAAAAAAACAAUGGGCUAAUGUGAAUAUAAUACACGGAUCUGUGUGCAUUCAAUCUUUUUUCUGCCAGUGUCUGUCGCUAUAUCUCUUGUGUGAAAUUUUAGAGUUGAACAAGUUUAUUCGCCAUAAUUUGCCGCCGAAUCAUCGAAAACAAACAUUGUGUCAAUUUCAUGAAAUCAAAUCACAAUUGGCAUUGCGAAUUGGCCAGGAAACCGCAUUGAUUGAUUGACCGCGUUUGGAUGUUCGCGUGCUCAAAAUCACAACAAUGACAUCAUCCCAUUAGCAUUCAAACUCAGUGUCUGAAUGAAGCUCAACUGUUAACCAGAUGACAAAUCAAAUUGCAACGCGCAUUUCAUUUCAUUUUUGAGCCCAAUUUGUAAUCAAUUUUCGAAUGAUUUAUCACGAACAAAAACUAAUUAAUAACAUAAAUAACUGUCACAUCGAGUGCUGUGCGAAAGAAGCGAGCGGUGAAAAUCUAAACCGUUGACAGCUGAUUUUCUGAUUGUUCAUGGGAUUUAAAUGUUUUCAAUUUUGUGGCCGCCAAAUGUUGGACAAUUGACAAAAGUAUCGAACAUUUAUCGUGCGCGCUCGUGUGUGUGUGUGUGUUUGUGAACGAGUGAUAGAAACGACGGGUUGUUGAAUGAUCGCAAUCUCGUUAUAGACAUCCAAAUUGCCAGCUAUCAAAGUUAAUUAGAACGCUCUUCGAAUUUGCAUUCGAACAAUCAUAAAAUAUUUGAACUGGUUGCUGUGUGUCAUCAUAAUCUAUUUGAUUUUUGGCAUAACGUGCGCGCUGCCUGAUAAGCAACUACACAGGCACAACACAGAAACCAAAACGAAAAUCAACACCGAAACAUUUCAACAACACACAACAAAUAAGCAAAUGUCAUAUACAAAUAUUGAUUAAAUUACGGGAAAUGAGCGUGAUUGGAAACAUAUUUUGCUAGGAAAAAAAAGAGACACAACCGAAACAGGAACAGAGGGGCAAAAACGAGAACAACAACAGUGAAAUACCAAUAGAUUAUGGUUAUUAAUUGAAAACAGUGCGUUUUUUUUUUGAAGUGAGAUACCGGAUGACACAUAAGUGCCAAUUACAGUUAUAUUUUAUCAACUGAAUUGAUAAAGAACACGUCGGAAAUAAAAAAAAAAGUUAUUCAAGCUACCAAUCCAAUAACUAUUGAUACUGUACGUUUGGUGAUUAUCGUGACAAUUUUGGGGGGUUUUUCCGCCUUAUGAAAAGACAACCGGAUUGAUACUUUGAUUUAACGAUUUACAGUACAAAGCCAAAUUCGGACAAAUUGAAUGUAUUACAUCUUCAUUGCUGAAGAAGAAAUUUGGUUUUAACAGUGACAAGCAGAAAGCUUAAAGUUAGAACUUCAUCGAAAUCAAGUGGAACAAUUAGAAUUUCAAUUUAAAUGGCAAUGGAAGGUUCAGAUUACGGUUCGGCACAUUUGCCAUCACCAGCGCUGGUUGUGUUUUCACAAGCUGCCAACGGUCUUAGCGAAGCAUUACGCAUUCAAAGGCCAUUCCAUUCACAGAUUCAAGAUGCCAAGGAUUUACAUCAUUUAUCGUUAGUUGGUAGUUAUGGUGCACAUCUAUUACACGGUUUUCCACCCCAUUUUUUGCAUCCAACUGUGACAUCGGCGAGCUCAGCAAGCAAUCCAUUUAGUAGCAGCGGCGGUGCCUUUGUUAAGCCAUUUCCAUCGAAUCUACCGCUGCCAUCAGCAUUCGCACCACCAACAAAAUGCGUUGGUCUCGGUUUGGAACAGGGUAUUUUAUUCAGCGGAAGUGAAUCAUUUCGAACGGAUUCGUCGAGUCCAGCGUGCACAUCAUUAUCACCUCCCGUCAAAGAGGAAUCACUGGAGGCACACACAAGCGAAGAAGGUGAUCGUGAUCGCAUUUGUAGCCCGGAACGUUCACCCGAAGCACCCGGCUUUCGACCUCCGAAAACAAAUGGAGCAGAGCCGAUAAACCUUCACAUGGACACAUCUGGUCAUUCGUUAUAUCGUUUCCCAUUUUACAAUUCUUUUAAAAAUUUCCAUCAACAUCAAUCAGCCAUCAAGAAAGUAACAACAAGCAUCGGAACACCACCGUCAAAUUCAUGCCCAGUUUGUGGCGUUCAUUUAUUAUCAAAUGAAUUGGAGACACAUUUUCUCGCCGAAUUGGAUCGAUUGUAUAAGCUUAGCUCUGGACCGGAGCGUCAACGCAUCCGUGCCAGUUUUAAUAUGAAUAGUGGAAUGCAUAUGAAUAAUGGAUUGAUACAAGGACCUGACAGCCGGUGGGAGACAUUCCAGCGGAUUCGUACAAAUCGUCAAGGUCGUUUGCGUGCAAAGACCCGUAAGCGUAAGGGAGACUCGGAAUCCGAGUACCCGGAGCAUAUUCGCAAUUCGCAGUGUCAAUCGUGUCCAGUGUGCCAUGGGCGAUUGCAACGCACACCAGAGGAAAUUGCACAACACGUAGAGGACUGUUUACGAAAGAGUGGUCAGUCGCGAUGCGAAGAAGAGGAUGAAACCGUCGACGUCGAGAGCUAUGGCGAUGAGACGGCAAGCAGUGCAAUGAAUUUGGCUGCAUCGCAGAAUAAUAAUAACAUCACAAAAAUGGAUACGAUUCGGCCAACGAUGCGACCAAUGCCAUUCACCAGUAGCAGCGCCAGUAUGCCAACCGAAGACCAUUUGAUAACAUCACGCAACAGUAUUUGGCAACAGCACACCAAACAUGCACAGCAUCGACUGGGAUCGAGUCCACCGAGCAUGAGCGCACCCAGUCUAAGUCUAGUGAAUUCAAUGCCAGCCAUGGGUUGUGGUCCACCGACCAUGUUUCCAUCCAGCAAUGAAUCGGGUGCAACACCGACCAGUAGCGAUCAAAUCAACGAAUACGAUCGAAGCGUCGAGUCACCAAAUCGAUUGAUUGUCCAAGAACGAAACCGUAUCGUCGAUUUGCAGAAGACAAAUAGCCGCGAUUUAAAAAACGGUGCUGAAACAACGCAACACAACAACAACAACAAUUGCGACAAUGACAAUGACGAAGAAGUCAUUGUAACACAUGAUGAAGGCGAAUGCCCGACUGCGAAAAAAAUGCCAUCAACGAAAGAUCUGAAGCGCAACGAUAAAAAUAGUGCGGAAGAGGCCGUAUCAUCGAUGGAAAUCGACUCGUCGGCUAACGAUCUGACAAAUCACAAAGCGCUGAUAACAUCGCCUGAUUCGUACGUAAGCACAACCAACGAACCGACCGAACCAGCAUCACGUGCCCAAGUAUUGGAAGAGUUGCGCGCCCGAAUACGCGAGCUCGAAGGAUCACCGCUCAAGCUGCGAGGUCACGAUGAGGAGUCACACUACAAAUGCUACAUAUGUAAGGAUUCUAAAAAGCCAUGCCCACAGUGUAAGAUUGUUACAUCAUCAAACGAGCUUCGAAAAAUUCAUGUUCAAAACUAAGUGAGACAAACGAAUUCAACCGUAAUUUUAAAGCAAGCUAAGCCAGUCUGCAUCUAAGUAUUGUUUUCUGCUUCUUUUUUGUAAGACGACGAGAAAUGAGAUGGUAUUGAUAUCAACUAACAUCAAGGAAUUAUAUGUGUACGUAAAAAAGUUAUAACAUUAAGCAUAGCAAAUAUAUAUUAUAUAUACCCAGACACACACACACACAACAAUUUAGAUUAACCAAACGGGGAACUGUUUAUAACAAUUAUUCGUAAAAUUAUGCAUUUUAACCGAACACAUCACAAAUUAGAAUAUUUUGCUUUCGGUUAAGUGACGACAGUCGAUUGAGUUGAUUUCUUUAUAUCAAUUUAAAUAAUUUCUUCAUUUUUUGUCUUUCAUUUUUUGGGGUGUGAAGAAUAGCAGAGAAAAUCGAUGAACUCUGAACUAUUGGAUCUGAUACAAGCGUAUUUGUUAAUUAGGUGUAAAAAUUAUUAAACGUUAAAAUC